AUGGACGAGAAUCGUCGGAAUCGUGGCCAAGGCGGCAGCAAACGCCAAACGUACAGCACGGGUAGACACAAGGCCAAGCAAGGUUCGGCGGAAUGGGCGAAGAAGAGGACGAGAAGCAUCCAGCGCAUGAUGUCGCGCAACGCAGACAUCCCUGCCAACAAGCGCAAUGAGAUGGAGCGCGAACUGGUCGCCCACGAGAACACCAUUGCCGACAAAAGCUUUCAACGGCGAAGAAGCGCCAUGAUUUCAAAAUACCACAUGGUUCGGUUCUUUGAGCGCAAAAAGGCUUCUCGCCUGGUCAAGCAGCUGAAACGCAAACUCGAAGCGGCCACCGACGACGAAGAGCGCAGCAGACUCCAAGCCGACCUGCACAUUGCCGAAGUCGACGAGGCAUACACCAUGCACCAUCCUCAUGCUGAAACUUACAUCAGUCUAUACGGCAAUGCCAAGAAGGACGGCGACGAAGACGACGACGACAAGGACGACGACAAGGACGACGAGAAAAAGACCCCCGCUGCAAAGGCUGCACUGGCGGCGGAGCGCCCGCCCAUGUGGAAGGUGGUAGAAAUGACCAUGGAGGAGGGUCCUGACGCGUUGAAGCAACUGCGAGAGCGGAGAUCAGCAACCGGCGACGACAACGAGAGCGCAAGCCACCCCCGGCCGCGCAACACAAAACCACCACACCAAAGGGAGAGAAUGGCCAAUGUCAUUGCCAAGCAGAACCAUUCCAAGAGCGCAGACAAGCCAACUGGCGACAGCAAGGCUGCUUCUGCGACUGCUGGUGAGCACCAAAACGGCGCCAAAAUGGGCGGACUGAAUCGUAGAGAGCGUCGCCGCAUCAUGCGCGAGACGAUGGCUUCUGCUGACAAGGAUGAUGACGAGGGCGGUUUCUUUGAGAUAUAA